CUGUUUAGCUUGGUUUCCUUCGACAGCGGGAGGAGUGAGGGGCGGUGCAGCGCUGCCCAGGGAGGAGGAGAAAGAAGGAGGUGGUGGCGUGGUGUGGAGGCAGCUAUGCACCGCGCCCCGUGCCUCCCUCCCUCCGCCUUGCUAGGUGAGCUAGGCAGCCAAGCGCCGAGGCCAUGGCCAUGGGCACCUUGGGAAAAGCGAGAGAAACUCCGCGGAAGCCCUCGCAUGGCUGCCAUGCUGCCCCCAAAGCAAGACUAGAGGCGAAGCCAAGCAACCCUCUCCCCUCUCAUCCCAACUUGGCCCAAAUUGCUCAGUUCCGAAUGAUGAUGUCGCUGGGACAUUUAGCCAAAGGAGCCAGCCUGGGCGAUCUCAUUGAAACGUGCAUUCACUCUUUUGAUACAGAUGGAAACUUAUGUCGGAGUAACCAGCUGCUGCAAGUGAUGCUAACCAUGCAUCGACUUAUCAUCUCAUCUACAGACUUGCUCCAAAAGCUCAUCGAACUAUAUAAGGAUGCUUUGGCCAAGCAUUCAUCCGGGCUUUGUCUGAAGAUCUGCUAUUUUGUAAGAUAUUGGAUAACAGAAUUCUGGGUCAUGUUUAAAUUGGAUGCCAGCUUGACAAACACUAUGGAGGAGUUUCAGGAAUUGGUGAAAGCUAACGGUGAGGAGUUACACUGCCGCCUAAUUGACACAACUCAAAUCAAUGCCCGAGACUGGUCUAGGAAGCUUACUCAAAGGAUAAAGCCCAACACCAGUAAGAAACGGAAAGUCUCACUUCUCUUUGAUCAUCUGGAGCCAGAAGAAUUGUCUGAGCAUCUUACUUACCUUGAAUUCAAAUCCUUCCGAAGGAUAUCGUUCUCCGAUUAUCAAAAUUACAUUGUGAAUAGCUGUGUGAAAGAGAAUCCCACCAUGGAACGGUCCAUUGCCUUAUGCAACGGCAUAUCCCAGUGGGUACAGCUGAUGGUACUCAGCCGUCCCACCCCACAACUCCGGGCAGAAGUCUUCAUCAAGUUCAUAAAGGUGGCUCAGAAACUCCAUCAGCUGCAGAACUUCAACACGUUGAUGGCUGUGAUUGGAGGACUAUGUCACAGCUCCAUCUCCAGGCUGAAGGAGACAAGUUCUUAUGUUCCCCAUGAGAUCAACAAGGUACUCAGUGAAAUGACAGACCUACUGUCCUCUUGUAGAAACUAUGACAACUACCGGCGAGCCUAUGGGGAGUGCACCCACUUCAAGAUUCCCAUCCUAGGUGUACACCUCAAGGACCUGAUCUCCUUGCAUGAGGCUAUGCCCGAUUAUCUGGAAGACAGGAAAGUGAAUUUCCACAAGCUGCUCGCCCUCUACAACCACAUCAAUGAGCUGGUCCAACUGCAGGAGGUAGCACCACCCCUGGAGGCCAAUAAGGACUUGGUGCACUUGCUGACGUUAUCCCUGGAUCUCUACUAUACUGAAGAUGAAAUCUAUGAGCUUUCCUACGCUCGUGAACCAAGAAAUCACAAAGCGCCACCUUUAACACCUUCAAAACCUCCAGUUGUAGUAGACUGGGCCUCAGGAAUAUCUCCCAAACCUGAUCCAAAGACCAUCAGCAAACAUGUGCAGAGGAUGGUGGAUUCUGUUUUCAAGAACUAUGAUCAUGACCAAGAUGGAUAUAUUUCCCAGGAAGAGUUUGAAAAGAUUGCUGCUAGCUUCCCCUUCUCCUUUUGUGUGAUGGAUAAGGACAGGGAAGGCUUGAUCAGUCGGGAUGAAAUCACUGCCUACUUCAUGAGGGCCAGUUCGAUCUAUUCCAAGUUAGGCCUUGGCUUUCCUCAUAACUUCCAGGAGACAACUUACUUAAAGCCUACCUUCUGUGACAACUGCGCUGGAUUUCUCUGGGGAGUGAUAAAACAAGGUUAUCGGUGCAAAGAUUGUGGGAUGAACUGCCACAAACAGUGCAAAGACCUGGUUGUGUUUGAGUGCAAGAAGAGAGCCAAGAGCCCAGCUAUGCCAGCAGAGAAUAGCACCUCUGCUGGGUUAGCAUCUACCCUCUGCCCCCUUGGAGUCAAAGAUCCGCUACAUGGAUCUGAAGAAGGACCUUUCCUAGUGAAUGGGGAGAUGAUGGAACACAAUGAGGAGAGCAAGGAUCGAACAAUCAUGCUGAUGGGUGUGUCUGCUCAGAAGAUUUCUGUUCGGCUAAAACGGGCCAUGGUCCACAAGGGCACACAGACAGAGUCAGUCACUUGGGUUGGCCAUGAAGGCCCUAGUAGCCCCUUUAUGCUGUCUUCCCCAAGAAAGACAGCCCAGGACACUCUUUAUCUACUGCCCAGCUCCAUGUCUCCCUGCCCCAGCCCAGUCUUGGUCCGCAAGCGGGCUUUUGUGAAGUGGGAGAACAAGGAAUCCAUCACAAAAUCAAAGGAGGACCUCCGACACCUCAGACUCCCCACCUAUCAGGAUCUGGAGCAGGAAAUACACACUCUGAAGGCAGACAAUGAAGUUCUAAGGACUGAACUAAGAUUUGCUCAGAAGAAAAUUGAGUCUCUCCGGCUUGAAAGAAGCAACAAUCAUGUCCUGAGACAUAAUGAGCAUCAAAACUGCUCCUAAUCCUGAAGCUAGGAAAGCAUAGGAACCAUAUUAUGGAGAGUAGUAGAGCUCAACUUUCUCCAGAACUGCCAAAUACAAGGGAAUGAGGAAAAGCAAGGAUAUUGGGAUUUAGAGAGGUACUUUAAAAUAUAUGCCCUCUUUUCAGGAAAAACAUACUCUCAUUCCUCUUCCCCCUCAUUCGAGGAGGAAGUAUAUUCUUGAUGGGGUGUUCUCCAGAGAUGUCCUCCCCACCAGACAAUAUGUCAGCACUUGGUAUAACAGGCAUCUCCUUCUACUGCAAUCCUUCCCUUCCCCUCUCCAACUCCAGUUCCAGUCCAGGAGAGUUGAAAACCUCAUUACAGGCUCUUGACAAGGCUAGCAACUCUUUUCUUGAAAUACUGCUCUUAUGACUUCAGAUGAACUCUACACCUCUCAUAAUUCUAAACCUAGCCAUAAUUGCUCUAAAAUUUCUCUUCCCUGUGGGGCAGAAACUACUUUACCUGGGAUCAGGAUUCAUUUUGUCCCACCUAUUCAACUUGCUUCAAAUCUGCAACAGUGCCCUCUUUCUAUCAGAGAUAAGGAAGAGAAUCUGUUAGUAAGUCAGUAGACUAUGUUUGUCCUACAUAUCCCUUCUCCAGUGCUGGCACCCUUGAUCCUCAGUGAGCCAUUAUGGAUCAUCUUAACACCAGUAUUCCAUGUCUUUGGAGAAGACUGGCCAAACAUUCUGCCUUUUGAUGUCCCUAAGUUUCCCAAAAGAAUAGCCAUUUUCCUCCUCUCCCAUUCUUCCAAAUACUACUUCUUCCUCUAUCCACGGACAUUUUGGACAUUUCUACUUGACAGUGAACUCACUUGUCCUCACCUAAAAAGCCCGUUAACAAAAUAUCACUAUGUGUAAUUGAAAAGUUAUAGCUUAUCUAUCAUCUCAACUAUCUAACCUACAUGAUAAUCAUAAUCAGAAGAGAUCCUCUCCAAAUUGAAUGACUGCUGCUUUAAACAUUUACAAAGCACAAUAUACAUUACAUACAAAGCACACUCGUCAUUUCUUUUAGUGUGGAAGUGAGAGCUAGUAGGACCCAAAAAACUAUUUUUCCAGUCUUUAAUUUUUCAAAUUUUUUCAAAGGCUUAGAUAGGUGUAUUCUUCAGAACCACACAGCUUAUAAAUGGUGAAGUUGGGACUUAAAUUGGCUCUCUGUAGGGUCCUUUUCACAACACCAUACUGGACAACUGUACAGGAUGGGUAGCAUAAGAAUUAUUACCUCCAUUUUACAGAUGAAGAAAAUGGAAUUUCAGAAAGUAGUGACUUGCUCCAAGGUCAUAAUCUAUUAAAGUGGCAGGAUAUUAAGUCCCAAGUCCACUGCUAUCAAAUUAAGUCUCUGGGAAUUUAUUACCCUAUCAUAUGGUUUUAGCAUCAGUGGUAGCUAAAAUAAAUACAAUAUUGUAUCCAAAUAUGUAUUUUUACAUUCGAUAAAGCAUGCAUUAAAAAUUUAUGACAUAGCCGAUCAACAUAUUGGUAUACAGAUUAACAUUAUACUAAGGCUAGAAAAUGAGGUUUUUUUUUAAACUUGUUUGUUCUGCAACUAAUUUUAAUUCAAGGAAACUUAUGAAAGUUCAGCUGGUCAUAACAAUUCUUUUGUUUCAUUGUAUGUAUUUUGGAGAAGCAGAUUAUAUAUGCCCUCUCUUAUUAGUGAAAGUGUUUGAAGUAUAAGCUAAUUAGAUGAAUAGUUUCAAUAGCUGACGUUGUAAAUAUGUAUACAUUGUGUAUAGGAAAUAUUGUACCUGCAUGUGGGCUGGGUUUUUUCCUCCUUCAGUGUAAAAAUGUGAAUGUGAAAUAUGUACAAUUUUUGGAUAUUCCUACAUUAAUCACAAAAACACCAAGGUAGCCUGAAAUCAAAAUAGUAAAACAUCUUGCACAAAGAUUUACAACUAUAUUGUCAAUUGUUACACUUUUGUAAGGAGUAUGGUAAGAUCAAAUUUUAUUAGUCAAAUGUAACCAAAUUUGAAUUGUAACUUUUUCUACCGUCUUGGAAUUUUGCAUCAUUCAACUUUACUAAUUUAGUUUGAACAAGGCUUUGCAAACUGCUAUUUUGGUUCCCUCUCUACCAAAUGAGAACUUGGCUUUAUCUUUUAUUUUGGAAUAUCUUUCACUUUUAAAACUUGAAUGCUCAGCUUUCCAAAAGCUACAAUUCACUAGCUAGAACAAACAUUUCUAGACAACCCCAAACAUUUAUUUGGGUCCUGGACAAUUAAUUGGAUGAGGGGUGACUAAUUUUCCACAAAUUUUCCCAGAUUCACUAAGCCCCCAGGAGUUUGUAUUUUCCCCCCCUUAUUUUGGUCAAAGACCCCUUUAAGCUAUUGGGCUAAGCCAAAAGAUCCAUUCUUGGAAUGUUUUUAAAUGAAUAAAAUACAUAAAGUUACAAAGGAAACCACCCAAGUUAAAAUAGUUAAGCAAAAUAUUAAAAACAAAAACAAGUCCACAGACCCUAGAUUAAAAAUCCUUGUGCUUAAUCAAUAAACAGAACUCGUUAGGCUUAUUUACAAUAAACCUUGUGAAGUCAUAAAAGUUACAGAAUUAACAUGGCACAAUAAUUUGGUUAAUACCUGCUUUACCAUGAUCUAACCAUCUUUGGUCUUAAGUGUACUUACUGUAGAUGUUUAUUCCCAGAACUUGUCAUUGUUAGUAGGUAGUCUCAUUUCUCACUGGUACUUGUUAAUUCUGAUGUGCCCUCCCUGUUGUAAUUUGUAAAACUGUUCAAAGUUGUAUAAUGUAAAAGAACUGAAAGAAAAAUCAAAUGUACAGAUUGUAAAGUCUUUUGAUACCUAAUGUAAGUUUUCUUUGUUUAAUAUUUAUGAUAAAAAACAUUAGGCCCAUC